AUGUCCGACACUUCGGAUACCCUUCCUUAUGUCCCUUUGGAGGUCUAUGACGGUAUUACUGCCUCUCAGCGCCCGUUUCUACUUGGCCAAGCUGAUGGUUUUUCAGGAACUUCUAUGACUGGUGGUGACUCCUUGACUGAAGAUCUCAACCUCUUCUACAAUGCCGGUGACAUUGCAUGGAUGAUCACUUCCACAGCCUUGGUGCUGCUCAUGAUUCCCGGCGUUGGUUUCUUCUAUUCCGGUCUCGCUCGACGCAAGUCCGCACUGUCGCUCAUUUGGCUGUCAAUUGCCGCAACAGGCCUGAUUUCCUUCCAAUGGUUCUUCUGGGGUUAUUCACUCGCCUUUUCCCACACUGCUGGCAAAUUCAUCGGUAACAUGGAAAACAUUGGCUUCCGCAAUGUUCUCGGUGCUCCAUCUGUGGGGUCCAGCAAAAUCCCUGAUCUCUUAUUCGCCGUUUACCAGGGAAUGUUCGCUGCUAUCACCGUAGCCCUCGCAAUUGGUGCUGCCGCCGAAAGAGGUCGCAUGCUCCCAGCCAUGGUCUUCGCAUUCAUUUGGUCGACCGUGGUCUACGAUCCGAUUGCCUGCUGGACAUGGAACGCCUCCGGGUGGGCCUUCAACAUGGGCGGCCUCGACUUUGCUGGCGGUACACCUGUGCAUAUUUCCUCUGGUGCUGCAGCUCUCGCAUACUCGUUGAUGCUCGGAAAGCGUCGUGGUCAUGGCACUCACGAGUUGAAUUACCGCCCACAUAACGUCACCCACAUCGUUAUUGGCACUGUCUUCCUAUGGGUUGGAUGGUUCGGAUUCAACGCUGGUAGUGCUCUAGCUGCAAAUCUCCGCGCCGUCAUGGCCGCAGUUGUCACCAACCUUGCCGCCAGCGUUGGCGGUCUUACCUGGUGUCUCCUCGACUACCGCCUUGAGCGGAAAUGGUCUACCGUUGGUUUCUGCAGUGGUGUUAUUGCUGGAUUGGUCGCGAUUACCCCAGCGUCAGGUUUCGUUCCCGCCUGGUCUGCCGUCAUCUUCGGUGUGGUCGGAGGAAUUGCUUGCAAUUACGCCACCAAGCUCAAGUUCUUCCUCCACAUCGAUGACUCGCUCGAUAUCUUCGCCAUUCACGGCAUUGGCGGUCUCGUCGGUGACCUCCUGACUGGCCUCUUCGCGGCAGACUACAUAGCCCAUCUCGACGGCUUCUCUGAGAUCAGUGGCGGAUGGCUCAACAAGCAUUGGAUCCAGCUUGCAUACCAGCUCGCAGACGGAGUCAGCGGCAUGGCCUACUCGUUCGUCGUCAGCUGCGCUAUCCUGUUCGUCCUGAACUUCAUUCCGGGCCUUCAACUCCGUGCCUCCGAGCAAGAUGAGAUUAUGGGCAUGGACGAGACCGAAAUCGGCGAAUUCGCCUACGACUACGUCGAGCUGAGCCGUGACGUCGUCAACGGGCUCGAGCAGGACGCCGCCCCAGGUUCUCGCCAGACCCAAAGCCCAGAGGGCGACAUCAAGGAGAAUGACGAGAAAUAA